AUGGUCGCCCCGGGAAUCGGACGGCCGUUCGACGCUAUCCCGUGGGUCGAAACUCAGGCGAUCACUCGCGCCAUCGCCGAGGCUGAGGCGGAGACUGAAUUGACUAUUAUCAGAUCCACUGCCACAGCCUGCCAAAGGACCAUCCUUUCUGGUCCUGUCGACGAAAAAGUAGGCCGCGAGACCCGGCGAAAACACCAGAGCAGCCUCCACAACCGAAAGCCGAUUCUAGCUCGACACCCGAUGGCUCACACAAACCCACAUAUCGUGAGGGCGUCGGAGGAUAACCUGAUAUCACUAUAUAUGAAUUUUCAUUAG